AUGGAAGGGGUGGAAGAGUCGGGAGAAACUAUUACUCUCAAUUGCCUGGUUCUCGGGGACCAUCCUGAAGAUGAUGUUUUCCCAAUCACUAUUGCUAUGCACAAGACAAUCGAAGAGCUCAAGAAAUUUAUCGCGGUGGAGAAACACGCCACGUUUUCAGAGGCCAACAGGCUUAGGCCCUGGAAAGUCAGUAUUCCUCCUGAUAACGAUGAACAAAUGACUACUCUUCUCCAAGCGGCUGAUGCUUUUUCUCGAGAGGGCAAAAUUGGCAAUAUCUUAUCAAAAAUCAACUUAAAAGCGAAAAAUUGCGAUGACGGAUUGUUAACGAAGAUGGUGCUUGAUAGGCAUAUUCACGUCCUUAUCGAACACCCGGCCGAGCGGGGAUCUCCGACGAAAAGACGUCGUUUAGACGAGGGCUGGCAAUCAUACAUUGCUGCCGAUGGCCAACCCGUGGAUCUGCCACCCAAAAUGAUCAAGAUGCUCAUGAGCAACAAGUUCAAGCCUGAUCCUCGCUUGGCUUUCUCCCCUCUGUUGAAUGUGCAAGCAGGCACUCAGAUUACGAUUACGACGAUGAAUGUUGGUCAAGAUCCGAAGCACUUCAAAGAUGGUUACCAGGGCUCCCAAUUCUUUGUUACCGAGCAGAUGAUGGAUAUUUGGAAUACGCUUGCGAGUGAUAGUGACACCUCAAUCAAAAAGGUCUUGUCUGGCCCAAUGGGUGUAGGAAAAUCGUAUCUCGCCUGUGGAAUACGCCAAAGUGAUAAAGCAUCUGUUAUAGAAGCCUGUGCUUCAACAAUCUUUGCAGAUAUCCUCAAACAAAAAACGCGCAAAGUAUUCCUUAUCGUCGACGAGCAUGGCGCGCUGUUCAACACUGAUCCUCCAGUGGUCGACCAGCUCAGAUUGCUGGCUGCAGUCGUCAACCAUUUUCAUCCAAAUGUCGGUAAUUAUUUACCUGCAAUCGCGAACGAAAUAUUGAGGAUCACCAAUCGUGUGUCGCGUGAACUCGUAAAUUUAACCAAGAAAAUUGGAACCGCUUCUCUUACCCUAGAUGAGGUCAAGGCGAGAUUGAAAAAAUUCGAAAAGGACCGACAAAAUAAAUUUUUUGAUAAGGCGAAGACUCAUUACGAUUCUCUCUCUGGAACCUCAAAGGAAGACACCCGUCUGGCCCUUGCGGAUAUGUUCCUACCCGGCGAAACGCGAGUCACCGAGUAUUCGAUUGGCGCUGCCAAAGAAGCACUUUUGGACUUGUACAAACGCUGUCCGCUACUUGUAGCUUAUUGCUAUGCCCUCGCUAGUGACAAGUUUGACCCUAUGCAAUUUGAAGAUGUCUUAUUCCAGCAACUUAUACGCCUUCCCAAUAUAGUGCUUCAAAUAACAGACCUAAAUGGAAAACACCCCUUAGAUAUGCGUUUGACUAUUGAAAGGUUUGAUUUGCUCCAGCAACCACCUGAAUACUUCGACGGGAAUGCUAUUGCGUUGCUACCGCGGAUAUCCGCGACACAUGACGUAAACACGGCAAAAAUCGAGAAUGCUUUCGACCGAGAUUCCAGUAAUAAGAAUCAAAUAGAAUACUACCUGGAUGCCGCGUUUGGUGGUACCCAUAAGCCUGAAAUCGUCACAUCCACUUACACUCCCGGGUCGAAAAAUAAGAAGAAGAUAAGCCCGGCAAACCAAUUCAAGUCAAGAUUCGAAAAAUGGUUCUCCCUGCCCAGAGUUUAA